AUGUAAUAAGAUGAUAGUUAAACUUCAAAGGAGGUGACCAAACCCAAAACCAAAGUCAAAAAAAGCAAAGAACAAUUAAUAGUAAAUGUUUCCAGCUCCCAAUACCCGGUGAUAAGACAUGUUGGUAAAAAGAUCUUAAAUUGGAAAAUUUAGAAGGACGAGAAUGCAACUAAUUGGGAUGUAUGGUGGACUGAUGGGGCUGUCUUUUCUGAUCUCUUAGGGAGAAUGAGCUCUCAUCAAAAGGUGAAUCAUUUCCCAGGAAUGUACAGCUUAGCUCGUAAAAACCAUUUGGGAAGGAACCUUAUGAAGAUGCAUAAAUAGUUUCCUUAAGCAUAUAAUUACUUCCCUUACACUUGGCUAUUGCCAGCAGAAUUAAGUGAUUUUAGAGCGAAUAUUGGCAAAAACAGAACUUUUAUCAUCAAACCAGAAGCAUCAUGCCAAGGUAAGGGGAUAAUGUUGGUGAAAGACGCUGAAGGUCUUUCGAUUCAUGAGCAUUAUGUAGCUUAGAGAUAUUUGAGUAAACCUUAUUUGAUUGACGGUUUAAAAUUCGAUCUUAGAAUUUAUGUAUUAUUGGCUGGCUGUGAUCCCUUAAGAAUCUAUAUCUUUAAAGAAGGUCUUGCUAGAUUUGCAACUGAGUAAUACAAGAAACCUGGUAAAGACAAUUUGGAUAAUAUUUGUAUGCAUCUCACAAAUUAUGCUGUGAAUAAGGAUAAUGAAAACUUCAUAUUUAAUCAGAGUGAUAAACAAAUGGAUGUUGGUCAUAAGAGAAGUAUGACUAGUGUUUUUGAAUUACUCAGAAGUAGAGGUGAGAAUGUUGAUUUGUUAUGGAAUACAAUCAAAAAAAUGAUGAUUAAAACAUUCUGUGCUGUAUAACCUAUUUUAGCUCAUUAAUAUAAAUCUUGUCAACCAAAUAAUCAUAUGAAUAAUAUGUGUUUUGAAGUCUUAGGAAUGGAUGUAAUCUUGGAUCACAAGCUAAAGCCAUAUUUAUUGGAGGUUAAUCAUUCUCCUAGUUUUACAACUGAUACUCCUUUGGAUGCUGCUAUAAAAAGAUAAUUGAUUUCAUAGUCCUUAAUUUUGAUGAAUUGCACUCAGAAGGCUAAAUAGGAAAGUAUCAAUUAAGAAAAGUAAAUGCUUCAGUAAAGAAUGUUGACAACUAAACCAAUUAAAUUGACAUUGGAGGAGAAAUAAAAACUAAUAAAACAAUGCUAAGAGAUUAGGGAUUAGUAUGAAAAUUAGAAUAUCGGAAAUUUUGAAAAAGUCUAUCCUUUAGAAUAAUAUGAUGAAGAUUAUGAUAAGUUUAUAGAACAUGCAGGUUUAUUAUAUUAAGAAUCUACAGGAGCAAAUAUCAAAAAAAUUCAAUAACAACAACAAUAACAACAAUAAUAACAAUAACAAUAACAAUAACAAUAACAACAGUCAUUUAAAAGAAUUGAAAAACCUGAAAUAAAAUCAGAAUGCACUUUAAGAGCCUAAGAAUAUAGAUCGGAAUCUAAAAUCUCAGAAUAAAGAACAGAAAUUGUUAGACUAAAAAGUGAAAAAUCCCAAGGGAUAAAAAGAAUGUUAAAAAAAGAACAUUCAACGACUCUUUUAGCUGAUGAUACUAUCAGAAACAUUAGAUUAGCUAGCUUAAAACCGCAAUAAAGAGCUAUUUUAAAGUAGGACACUUUGAGGAAGACCUUUAAACUCCCUGUCAGUUAGGGUACUUUUGUAACACCCAAAUUAUUUAUGAUUACUGAGAAUAAUAAAAAUAGUAAUUAUCCAUAUUGA